AUGGAAAGUAAGAUUAAGGAUUUAAGUCUGGCAGAUUAUGGUCUGCAGGAUAUGGAGAUAGCUAAGACUGAUAUGAUGGGUCUGGUAGAGUUACAGAAAAAAUACAGGAAUUCUAAACCUUUAAAAGGGGCAAGAAUAACGGGGAGUUUACACUUGACAAUAGAAACAUCAGUUUUAGUAGAGACUUUAUAUGAAUUAGGAGCAGAAAUACGUUGGUGUAGCUGCAAUAUUUAUUCGACUCAAGAUCAUGCUGCUGCAGCUUUAGUAAAAAAAAAGUUAGCAACCGUUUUUGCUUGGAAAAACGAAACAAUUGAGGAUUAUUGGGCGUGUUUAAAUAAUGCAAUGACAUGGAGAGAUUCAAAUGAUAAAGAUAAGAUUUGUGGUCCGAACUUAAUUGUAGAUGAUGGAGGUGACGCAACUCUAAUAUUACAUGAAGGAGUUAAGGCUGAGAUGGAAUUUGAAAAGCAUAACAAGAUUCCUGAAUAUUUGGAAAGUGAAGUGGAUGAAAAUGGUAAACAAUUAUCCUUGGAUAUAAAAUGCAUGUAUAAAGUGUUAAAAAUGGAACUAAUAAAUAAUCCUCGAAAGUGGAGAGAAAUGCUAAAAGACUUAUAUGGGGUGAGCGAGGAAACAACGACAGGAGUUCUAAGACUAAAAAUUAUGGAGUCUGAGGGGAAAUUGUUACUUCCUGCUAUCAAUGUAAAUGAUAGUGUAACGAAAUCAAAGUUUGAUAAUACCUAUGGAUGCAGACAAUCUUUAUUGCACGGACUCUUUAAUGGAUGUAUUCAAAUGCUUGCAGGAAAGAAGGUAGUAGUAUUAGGAUACGGUGAGGUUGGUAAAGGGUGUGCUCAAGGGCUUUCAGGAGUGGGGGCCAGAGUUAUUGUAACUGAAAUUGACCCAAUUUGUGCAUUACAAGCUUCAAUGGAAGGUUAUCAAGUGAGUAUAUUAGAGGAUGUUGUUUCCGAAGCCGACAUAUUCAUUACUGCAACAGGGAACAAAAAUGUUAUUACCCUUGAACAUAUGAGACAAAUGAAGGAGAAUGUCUAUGUUGCAAACAUAGGACAUUUUGAUGAUGAAAUAGAUGUUUAUGGACUUGAAAAUUAUCCAGGUAUUAAGGUAAAUGAAUUAAAACAAAAUGUGCAUAGAUACACUUUUCCAGAUACACAAAAAAGCAUUAUAUUAUUAUGUAAAGGAAGACUUGUGAAUCUAGGAUGCGCUACAGGGCAUCCACCAUUAGUUAUGUCAAUGUCUUUUACGAAUCAAGUACUUGCACAAAUGGACCUGUGGAAAAACAGAGAUUUGAUUGACAGGUCUAAAAAUACCAACUUUUCUGUUAAAAAACUUUCCAAGGAGUUGGACGAAUAUGUCGCCAGGCUUCACCUGGAUGUUCUUGGUAUUAAACUUACAAAGCUUACGGAAGCUCAAGCUAAUUAUAUUAAUGUUCCAAUAAAUGGCCCGUAUAAAUCAGAAGAUUAUAGAUAUUAG